UUAGUGGUGUUUGUAAUGUAAUAUCAAUGGUGUUGUUAUAUAAUAGUUAUAUUAAUAUUAAUAUAUCAGUGAAUAAAGUAAUGCAGUGUUUGUUUUGAUAUCAUAUUUUGAAUGACAUUAAUUGGUGAUCUAAGAAGUUAGAAGUAGUAGUAGUAGUGGUGAUUGAAAUGAGUAGUAUCGGCGAUGUCGAUGAAGCCGAUGGUUGCGGCGGCGGUGGUGGCGACGACUGUCAAUCAGUCGGUAGUAAUGUAUUUCGCGAUUUUUCCGAUGCCUGGUCACAACGUUUCGGCCAGACGUGUCAGUUACCCGAAGAAUGGGAACAAGAUGUUAAGGCCAAUCUGGAUAAACAUCAGCAUCGAGUGGAUCAGCUGAGGAAAGAGCUUGAAAAAGAAGAGUUUUAUGUACAAUAUCUGCAACAACUGCUUGAAGAUGUCGACAAACACAAGUUAUUUGCCAAUACAUUCGGUAAUAACGAGUUGUUGGAUAUCAACGAUGAUAAUAGUAAGUCGGAGACGACAACGACCACAACGUCGACACCAGUUGACGAUGUAUUGGUUAACAGCAAUAGUGGCGAUAACAAUGGUGUGACCAAAGACGACCAAUAUGUUACUGUUAUUACUGUUAGCAGCUAUGGCCAAAUACAGAGAUCUGAUCUGAACAGCAGCAACAACAACAACAACAAUAGGAAGCCGUUAAUUGAUAAUCCAUUAUAUCAGUCAUCGCCGUUGUUGACCGAUAGACAUAAUAUUACCUCAAAUGAUGGCAAUGAAUUAUUAUUGGCUAACAAAAAGAAAAGACCGCCGACACCACCGCGUAAACCGAAAGUUGCCAAAAGUGAUUCAAUAAAUGCCAGAAAAUUUGAUGACAAUAAUCUUCUUCACAAACAUUCGUCGUCGUCGGCGAAACAUAAGAAGAACAAUACCAACAAUAGUAGCAAUAAUGACGAUAACGAUGAUAAGGACACCACAAGUAUCAGCGACAACAGUAUCCUAUAUACUGAUGAACCAAAUAUCUACGAUACAGUAGCUCCCGAUGAACCCACCACCACUGUCCACAGUGAACAAUCAUCAUCAAACGAUACGGCAGAUAAUUUAUCCAAUAGUUACGCCAAUUAUGUUAAUAUUGAUUACUUUUUGCGCAAAGAAGAGACAUCAUCGCGUGGCGAUGAUAGCGACGAUAAUGAAACACAUAUAUCGCAAUCGUUGUCCAGCGAUCACGACAUGGAUGACAAUGUUGUUGGUGUUGGUGGUAAUAAUCGUUUGCGUGAUUCGCAUCUGAUCGACACAAGCGGUGAUACAUACGAUAUGCAAUCGAUGUCAUCGUUGGACAAAAACAAAGAAUCAGAACUUCAAGCCCCUACUUAUGACGAAGUAUUUGAGGGCGAUAUCAUCGCUGAUAGUGGCGAUAAAAAAGUCUUAUCAUUAGAUCAUCUCAGCGACAAUCAGAAAAAUACGAUUAAAUCGACUGAUGGUGACAAUAAAAAUAUGACCAUGUACCAUUGUAUUAUAAAUAACAUUAUUGAAAGCGAAACCAUUUAUGUUGAUUGUCUCAGCACACUGAUCCAGUAUAUGAAAGCAAUGAAGUCAACACUGGGAACAACUCAUCCAUUAUUGACCAGCGAAGACUUGACGACCAUUUUCUAUAAGAUACCCGAAUUGCAUACAAUUCAUAACCAUUUUCUCGAAGGACUCAAAAAAGUGAUGUCAAAAAUCGGUGUCAACACCAAUGGCUGUCACCCGAACCCGACCGGAGCCGCCGUCGGUUCUAACGGCCAGAAGACGACGAUGACAGCCAAUGUCGGAGAAUUGUUCAAAGUUUUGGCCAGUCGUUUGGGUGCUUACAGUGCUUUCCUCAAGAAUUACUCCAAAGCCAUCGAAACCAUUCAUAAUUGUAGCGCAACUAACAAUCAAUUUAGUGAAAUCACAAGAUCAAUCAAAAUUAUGGCUAUGAAAGGCCAGUCGAUUAGUCUGGAAGAACUACUUCAUAAACCUGUGGCCAGAGUCCAGAAGAAUGCACUGGUUUUACACGAUUUGCUCAAAUAUAGUGACCAUCAGAUCGAUGAAUACAGAGCACUGAAGAGUGCCUUAAAGAUGACUCAAUGUUUUCUAAACGAUCUGAACAUAGCGGCCACCGAACAGAUGUUUCCCGUUCAGGACAAAACACAGAGACGAUUAGUCAAAGAAAGUUUUAUUGUUGAGAGCACUGGUGGUAGUGAUGAUAGACGAAAGUUAAGACAUCUAUUCUUGUUUAACGAUGUUAUCGUUUGCGCCAAAUAUAAGCCAUCGACUAAACAAAAGUUUACAUUUGAAUUGAAAUAUUAUAAUGUGCUAAACGAGAUCACAAUUUUAGAUAAUGAUAAUCAAACUAAUGUCGAUAACAAAGAGAUUAGCAAUAAUUUACUUAAUAUUAAGUCACGAGUAAUCACAACACGUCAUCAGAUAGCGCGUGAAGAAGAGAAAGAGAAAGGAAAAGUUAAUACAAAAUUGUUGGAAAAAUUAAAGAAAAAGAGAUCAGAUUUGGAGGCACAUCUGGUCUUAUAUAUACCGCAACAAAAGUUUUCGAUUAGUCAUAAAAGUGGAAAAAUCUAUACAUUUUAUUUGUCAUCUGAUUUUGAAAGAAGUCAAUGGAGCGAAUCCAUCAAAGUUUUACAACAAUCUGCUCAAAUCACUAAAAACAUUGUCGAGUCAAUCAAUUUUCAUGAACUACAAGCAUGGGUUGAAACCUGUCGUAAGAACCUGAGCGCCAACUCUUUGGGCUCAUUUCUGUUACGAUCGCCAAAAGACGAUGACUUAUUGUUUGGCGACUUAUACUUAACUGUUAAACAUCUGAAAGGAUUGAGUAGAGAAGCCGAUAUAUUUUUUGUACUUGAAUUGGACACUUAUGGCCAUUAUCUGCAACGAGGUGUUACUCAAGUAUGCCGACAAACAAUUGAACCACACUUUGAUCAGGAGUUUAUCAUGGAUUUGGACGGUUCCCAAACGUUGCGUAUACUUUGUUACGAAGAGAUUAAUGGUCAACAAAAACCAUUUUUCAGAGGCAAAGCUGGUCUCGAAUUGAGCCAAACGUGGCUCUCAAGCAAACAAACCGAACAAAUGGUUCCAAUUUUAGACUGUGUAUUAACUAUAUCUGCGAGAUAUGUCUCGUCGGAGUCGCAAUUGAGUCGAUUACCGGUAACUAAAACAUGCGGUGCCUUUGGAUUAGCCGUGGCUCAGGUGUGCCGAAAAGAGAAGACAAGUAUUCCUUAUUUGAUAAGCAGUUGUAUUCGUGAAGUCGAGCGAAGAGGUAUGAAAGAGGUCGGCAUAUAUCGAGUGUCCGGCCUGUCAUCAGAUAUACAAAAACUGCGUAAAGCUUUCGAAACAAACGCUUACGAAGCGGAUCUAUUGAUCAAAGAUAUUGACAUCAAUGCCGUUACUGGUAUUUUAAAGCUAUACUUACGUGAACUGCCGGAAUCACUCUUCACUAAUGCCUUAUACAAGGAUUUUAUUGAUGCCUUCAAUAUGGCAAAUGUAUCGGAAAAGAGUAAACGUUUGCAUUCAUUGUUUGUAUUGUUGGCACAACCGAACCAAACCAUUAUCAACCAUCUUAUUGAACAUCUCUAUAAAGUGAACCAGUUUGAAGAACACAAUAAAAUGUCUUUACAUAACUUGGCCACUGUUUUUGGGCCGACAUUAAUCAGACCACCCGGUGCUGGCAGUAGUAGUAGUAGUACAAGUGGUGGCACAAGUAUGGCCGCUGCCGCCGCCACGUCGGCAAAUGUAGACUCGUUUACUGCCGGCACUAUCGAUGUUAUGGCACAGGCAGGCAUUCUAUACUAUUUCCUAAAAAAACGGACCACUAAUAGUAUAUCACAUGAGACUCAUCUAUAAACACAUAUACACAUCAAUAGACACUAAAUCAUUUACAAAACUACUAAUA